UCUCUCUCUUCCCCCUCUCCUCACUCCCAGAGCAACUUUGAAUACUCCGUCUCAAGGUGUCGAAGAUCGCCUUCUCUUCUUUCACUUCCAAUUUUCUCAUCGUCUUUGGAAAUGGAACAGGGAGAGAACAUUAUUCCUUGAUACCGAGUUCUGAUUCUGAUUCUCGCACUCUCCUUCUCUCCUUCCGAUUUGCAUUUUUCGCCAAUAUCAGAAAUAGGAGGAAAAUUUGAUUUUGCCACAAGCAGACACAGAAAUGUCUGGCCACUGGGGAAUUCUUGUUUCUGAUCCAGGGCUUCAAAAUCAGUUUACCCAAGCUGAACUUCGCAGCUUAAAAUCCCAAUUCAUGAACAUGAGGAAAGAGAGUGAGAAGCUCGCGAUUGGGGACAUGGCUUCCAAGAUGUCGAGGUUAAAAGUGGUGGGAGAAAAUCUGAGUGAGGAGGAGAGAGCUGCUUCUAUCCAGGAUUUGUAUAAGAAUGCAGAUGAGGAGGUGGAUUUUGAGUCAUUUCUCAAGGUUUACUUGAAAUUACAAACUCUUGCAAGUUCUAGAAUAGUAGGCAGCCCAAAGAACUCCUCGGCAUUUCUGAAAGCGGCUACCACCACAUUGCUUCACACAAUUAGUGAAUCUGAGAAGGCAUCAUAUGUUGCGCAUAUAAAUAACUAUCUUGCUGAAGAUGAGUUUCUCAAGAGAUACCUCCCUAUUGAUCCUUCAACCAAUGAUCUCUUUGAAAUUGCAAAAGAUGGUGUUCUUCUAUGUAAGCUUAUCAAUGUGGCAGUUCCGGGCACAAUUGAUGAACGGGCAAUCAAUACUAAAAGAGUACUCAAUCCAUGGGAAAGGAAUGAAAACCAUACGCUUUGCCUCAACUCUGCUAAAGCAAUUGGAUGUACAGUAGUCAAUAUUGGCACACAGGACUUUAUUGAAGGACGGCGUCAUCUGGUGCUUGGAUUGAUUUCACAGAUUAUUAAGAUACAAUUAUUGGCAAACCUCGACCUAAAGAAAACUCCUCAGUUGGUGGAGUUGGCUGAUGAUAGCCAGGACAUGGAAGAAUUACUGACUCUACCACCAGAGAAAAUGUUGUUAAGGUGGAUGAAUUUCCAGUUGAAGAAAGCAGGGUACGCGAAAAUAAUCACUAACUUCUCCUCUGAUGUAAAGGACGCUGAAGCUUACACUCAUCUUCUAAACGUCCUUGCUCCUGAGUACACUAAUCCAUCAACAUUUGCCGUCAAAAAUCCUUUUGAAAGAGCAAAGUUAGCUCUUGAGCAUGCGGAGAAGAUGGGCUGCAAGCGAUACUUGACUGCGAGAGAUAUAGUUGAAGGUUGCCAAAACCUUAACCUUGCUUUCGUCGCACAUAUUUUCCAGAAUAGGAAUGGAUUUUCAACCCAGACAACUCAGGCUCCUCUCCUUCAAACAUUGCCGGAUGAUACCCAAGACUCCAGAGAAGAGAGAGCAUUUCGCCUUUGGAUUAACAGUCUUGGCAAUUCAACAUAUAUCAACAAUGUCUUUGAAGACGUCACAAACGGGUGGGUACUUUUAGAAACCCUUGACAAGGUGUCACCGGGGAUUGUCAAUUGGAAGAUUGCAAACAAGCCUCCAAUAAAGAUGCCGUUCAAAAAAGUAGAAAACUGCAACCAAGUUGUGAAACUAGGGAAACAACUCAGGUUUUCUCUGGUGAAUAUUGCUGGCAAUGACAUUGUGCAGGGAAAUAAAAAAUUAAUCCUAGCUUAUUUGUGGCAACUGAUGCGAUGCAAUAUGCUACAACUUCUAAAGAACUUGAGACUUCACACUCAUGGAAAGGAGUUAACUGACGCUGAUAUUCUAGAGUGGGCCAACAGCAAAGUGAGCAGCUCAGGAAGUCAGAACCGCAUGGAUAGUUUUAAGGAUAAAAGUCUGUCGGACGGAAUUUUUUUCCUUCAACUUCUUAGUUCUGUGCAGCCCAGAGCUGUCGAUUGGAGUCUUGUUAAAAAAGGAGUAACUGAUGAGGAGAAAAAGAUGAACGCAACCUACAUAAUCAGCAUUGCUAGAAAGCUGGGAUGUUCUAUAUUCUUGCUUCCUGAAGACAUCACAGAGGUGAAUCAAAAGAUGAUCCUUACACUGACAGCUAGUAUAAUGUAUUGGUUCUUGAAACGCCCUCUUGAAGAAAGGACAUUGGGAACUUCAGACAGUGAAAGUGGGAGUCUUCUGGAGACUACAUCAGAUUCAACACUUGAUGACUCAGAUUCUGAUUCAUCCUUAUAGGGUGCAUGUAAAUGUGCUUCUAUAUUUGUAUUUGAAAACUCUCAUUAUCGUUGAUCAAAAGAUCAAUGGUUGACACUAGGCAAUUCAGUAGUUUCAGGGGAAAGAAUUUUUUUGGAUCAAAAUCGUCUGAAGCCUACCACCUGAAUUUCAGUGAAGUUGGGACCAUCACAGUCGUCAAUUGAAUCAGUAGUUUCAGGGAAGAGAAUUUUUUGGAUCAAAAUACUGUGUUUUAAAUGGUAGGAGUGGUUUCAAUAUCAUAAAAAUUAGCAACAGAAAGCUUUCAGUUUUUCCCUCCCCAAAGCUCACAUUCAUCUCCUAUUUACUAGUUCUAUAGCCAUUACAAUUCCAUUAUGAUUCAGUUUGAGGUGUGAAGGUUUAGAAUGAAAAUGAUUCAACUAUCCAACACUAGGUAGGAAUAUAGGUUCUCCCCCAACAAAUUUGUUCUCCAAAAAUUUUGAUUAAUUCACCGUCAAAAUAGAGAAAUCUAUCUGAAAAAUGAUUGCAACAGCAGUAAUUACGUUUUCAAAAAAAGAGAUGUCAGAAAAAAGGAACUCGACACAAUGUUUCAAUUAUUACAUGACAUAAAUUCUCUAGCUUUGAUUUAAUUGACGGCUAUGAUAUUCCUAACUUCACCAAAAUUUAGAUAGUAGACUUCAGAGGAUCUUGAUCCAAUUUUUUCCCCUAGGGAUUAUGAAAUAUUCGUUGUUGAAAUCCUAUAUUUUCCUUUUAUCGCAAAUUUUAUUCUUAAACAUUCUAAAUUGUAAUUGUGAAUAAUCUUUUAUUCUAUUAAA